GUAAAUAUUUAAAGUGCAUUGCAUGUACAUUGUAUCUUUGUUCAUGUAAAAAGUUGUUCAUUUUAAUCCCAAAGAAAUAAUAUCAUAUACGUUACUAUUUGAAUUCUUACUGUUCCUUGCGCUGAAAGAGAGAAAUAAUGCAGAGAAGACUUGCAGAUAAUAUAACAUCUGAUCAUUUAUCCUGUCCUAUAUGUCGGGACACUUUAAAAGAUCCGAAACUAUUACCAUGUGAUCAUUCGAUAUGCUUUGAAUGUUUAACCCAGUUGAUAGAAUCAACUAGACGUUUUAACAAAUUCUCGUGUCCUGUGGAUAGACGCGAGAUUACAGCGUCAUCUUAUACCUUGUCAGCAGAACAAUGGGCUAGUUCAUUUCCAACAGACGAGUUAUCUCUACUGCUACUCCAGGCUAUAUCAGGUGAUACAAAAACGGAAACAAAACCUAGAAAUGGUAUACUUUGUUCCGAUCACCCACAGAACGUGUGUGACUUUUUCUGUUUUGGGUGUUAUAAGAUUAUGUGUUCCGAAUGUGCUGUUGAGAAUCAUAGGGGUGCCGAAUGUAAUUGCAAAAACUUCAAAAACUGUGCCGACUUAGCAAGGGAAAAAUUGAGAGAUGCGUAUGACGAAAUAGAAAAUUUAAUAAUCACCGGACAGGAUAUUGUCUUUAAAGAGAUCGACAAAGAUCAAUUAUUGGUGCAAUCAAGGCAGCAGAUAAGAAGUACUAUUUACAAAUUGAAGACAAUUGUUCAAGAUUUUGAGAAAAUGAUAAAUCGUAAAUGUGUAGACAUAUUGAGCAAAGUUGAUAGCGUUACAAACGUAGAAGAAUUGAAGAAAAGAACAGAAGGAAUUGUUAAAGAUUUAAAACGAGUCCGUGAUGAGGUAGAAUUAUCAAAAUCCCUUACUUCAACUAAAGACAUUUUGACCGUAUUGUCAAAAAUUCCAGAAAGUCUGCAGAAAAAUACGGAUCUUCUCUAUUCACUUGCGGUAUCAGAUAAUCCAAUUGAGCUUAAACUGGAACUAAACGAAAAGUUUCUGAAUUUGUGUGAAACACUGAUUGAUCAACCGAUUGGAAUGGUUCACGUCGUACCUGCUGACACAAUUGACUUCGAAGACACGGAGGCCACAGUAUGCAGCAAGCGAAUCAAAUUUUCAUCAGACGUUUUACCUCUUCGUGCAUUAGAACUUGACCCGUUUCUAGCAAUUCAACGUGAUCCGAGUGAAUCAGAAAAUAAAAUUACUGCAAGAUUUACAGGUGUAAUUAUUCAUGGACAUUCAAUAAUUGCUAUAGAUAAUGCAAACUUUAAGGUACAAAGAUUCAGAGAUAUUAUUGAAAAUCAAUUCAUUGAUGAAGUUCUGAUUCAAGGUAUAUACGACAUCACCAAUAUCCAUGAAAACGACGAUGUCUUAGUUACUUCCCCUGGGAAACAAUCGCGUCUUAUCCGUUUAUCAACUUAUAAUAGUUUGAGUAUAAUAUCCGAAAAAGUAACCGAAAAUGCGUACUAUAGUAUCUCGCAGUUGCCGGAUUGUACUUUUGCAGUCAUUAGUCAUUCAAGUCCAAUUGGUGCUUCAAAGAAAAGAGUUAACUUUGAUUGGUCACGUGGUGUAACAUCGCAUAUUGACAUCAUCGACGUCGAUGGAAAUGUUCUUAAACAUUUUAGUGAAAAUUUUCUUUGCGAACCAAACGAGUUUGGAGAUCCUUUUAUCAUGCCUCUAAAAAGUAUAUGUUGUCUUCCAAAUGGGAAUAUAGUAGUUAGCAUUGAAACUAAAACCAACAGUUUUAUUUCUUGUUUCAAUCAAAAUGCACGAGUCAAAUGGACAUACGAUUUAAAUGACACCCCAGAAGGCGUCUGUUUUGAUGAUGGUAAAAUAUAUGUAUUCUUACGUGAAUCGAAAGCGGUGCGUGUUCUGUCGGUUGAUGGUGAUUUGAAACCAGUGUCCACCUUAAGGCUUCCUAAUUACUUCGGUGACGGAUAUAGUUUAUUCGUUGGUCGAAAUCUGUUGUCUGUAAUAGAUAGAACAGAGUUAAUAAGACUAUAUAAAUUACAAUCAUGUUAGAAAUAAAUAAAAGUAUCAACUAUUUUACUCAUU